CAGAUUCAGUCAACUUUAGCUUCUUUCUUUUUUUAUUAUUCAGGUUCUCAGCCAGAAGCUUCUCUCACAGCGAGCCCCCACGGAGAGAAACUUUUCUCUCUGCAAGAUGUACAGUUAGAGUGUCGGGGAUCCUGUGCCGCGUGGAGAGUGAGGAAGUUUGAAACAACUGGAUAUUCCACGUAUUUAUCGGACUGCUCCAGCUGGGGGGCCAUGACUGGGUCCUCAUGUCGCUUUAACAGCCGUUGGCCCCAGAACGCUGUUUUCUGGCGUGAGUCUGGAUCAGGAGAGUUCAGCAACGCCGUCAACCUCACGUCACACGGUGAGUUAUUAAACAUGUUUCUCCACGCAUUUCAAUAAAACUUAACAUCAUGCAGAUUUGUUUUAGACUAUAUAUUGUGAUAUUGUGAGAGUUGUGUGUUGGACUACGCCUUUCUGGUGUUUGUAAUUUAUCAUAUUUUAAGCUCUUGUUGUUUUUGAAGAUUUUAGUGAUGCUAUUUUUGUUGCUUAACACAUUAUAGCACGUGUUUUUGUUGUUUUGUUGUUUUUUUUGCUCUGAAAAAUAAUAUUUCUUUGUUCAAUAGAGCCUGAGUCAGUCCUAACAGUGUCUCCAUCAUGGCUGAGUCCUGGGGCUUCAGUAACUCUAAGCUGUAAUGUUGGACCUCCAUCUGCGGAAUGGAGGUUCUACUGGUACCAAGCUGCUCCUGAUUGAUCUCACACAUAAAAUAUAAAACAGAACCUGAGGAACAAUAAGACAAAAAGCAACAGAAAUUCUGCACAGUUAACUUUUUCCGUGCAAAACUCGUGAAUCUCUGACAUACAGUAAAACAUUUUUCUUUGCCUGCACACUUCAGAAAGACAAAUCGACCUACUUACAGUAGAACUUGCCCUUCAUGACAGAACCAAAGUCCCUGAUCCUGCCUGACCAUCAACCCUCUUGGAUGUACUCGUUAUUUUACUCAUAGCUUUACCUUUGACAUCUGAGGCAAUGUUUGUGGCUGCCUUUUUCAAGUGAGGCCUAGCGAUAGCAAAUCCUGCCUUAACUAAUGGCGAGACAAAACCGAAUCAUUUUGAAAAUAUAGAACCUUUUCUGCGCCCACACAUCACAGGCGCUCCAUAAAAACCAGGCAGAGUACCUCCUACCUGGUUCUGAUGAUAGUGUACAAAACGGUGGGGGUCGUCUCUCGGAUUUAUCAGAACCAUAUUUGUCACAAAUUUAUGCAAUUCUUCCUCCUCUGAUGCUUCUCACACACUUUGAUUUGAAUUUUUUUAUUUAUUUUUUUUGUAUGAAUCAAGCAGCAAUUUUUUUCACUCUUGAUUUAAAAAAUAAGUAAGUGAAUAAGUUGCAUAGAAAUGUUUGAAGCAGCAGGUGCUAAAACGUCCAAAAUCUUACUUUACAUGUCCUCGAUUCUCUGAAUUUAAACCCAUAAAUUAAAGUUGUUUUUAAAAGUUUGCCUUAUUUUCUUAUUCAGACUCUAUUAAUUUGAAACAUUUCUCUCUGUUUUGGGGUUUAUUUACUCCACGAAACAUUCAAAUUUCCAAUAUUUUUGUCAUAACAAAAAAAAAGGGAGGUGAUUAGAUGAUAUCUGAAGAAGUUGUGAUGAAUGCUCAUUAAAUCAAAGUUUGAUCUGGAAUCAAAGUGAAGUUGCAUUAAUAAAAUACGGAUGGCUCAUUUGUGUCCAUGCAUGAACGUGUCUGUACGAGUGAUUGUGUUUGGAGUAGGUGUUCUACUUUUUUUGUUUUUUUUACUUUUGAGUCAUAGCUUUUCAAAAUCACUACAAACAAACAUAGCAGGUGUUUGAGCUUUAUUUUACCGAUACGUUAACAGAAGUAGUGACUAAAAGGUUGAAUGAAGUUUUUCUAUUCUGUCUGGUCGUCAGUUGCUCAUGCAUCAAGGAAGCGCAUGUCCUAAAAGGAUUUUUGUCCUUUUCUUUAAAGUAGCACAUUCUUACCGGUGCAGGUGCAAUUCUUGCAUAACAAAAGCAAGACAUUUAAAUUUUUACUUGAUCUGCAGACCCAGAAGGGAAUGGAGAACAGUAUUCAUACUCUCUGACGCAGCUGAUAACACUUAGUGCAACUUUAGACGCCAUCAGUGAGCCGGUAAGUGUUAGAAGAUGGUUGCAUGAGAUAAGGGGACAUUUUUUUCUAUUCAUGUGGUAACACAACUUCGUGUGGUCUACUUCUACUUCUGUUAAAGAACAGAAGUAGAGGGAGGGUUGGACUGUGAACCUAAACGAAGAUAUGCACUGUCACAGUUCCCCAUCUUGUAUUCUCAUGAGUUCGGCUCGUCCUUCUCCACUCAUGCUCAUACAGAAAAAGUCAGAUCUUGUAGGCUAGGAUGGGGAAAACCUCACUCUCUUGGGUCUCGACUUUACUUUUGCUGAAUACAGUCUUCAAUUUUGGACAUGCACAAGGUGACGUAACAUCUUCUUUCUCUGUUAUUGUGGAUCUUCACACUAAUGUUACUCUCAGACCUUUUUCAAUUGAAUAUGUGUUGGAAUAGCAUAAGAAGCCAUGCAUUCAUUGUUUACAUCUUAUGUUUUUUGUUGUUUAAUCUAGAUGUUAAUUUGACCCUUGAACCCAGUUCAUCCCCUUUAUUUCAUGGGGAGUCCGUUACCUUCACAUGCAACAUGACAGGAGGAUACGACUCUAACUGGCUCUACAAAUUCCACCGAAACGGUCAACACAUUGUCGCCAAGUCCGAUGUUUCAAACUCCCUUCAACUCCACCUAGUGACCGACCUGAGCGGGCGUUACCAGUGCUCCGCUUAUCGUAAGGACUCACCAGGGAUCAACAAGCAGAGUAACAACAUCACACUUUCUGUGGCAGCCAACAGGCCUACAGCUACUGUGACUGCAGACAAGAAAACCAUUUCAGAGGGCAGACAAACUGAACUUACCUGCUCAGUUAAAGACUCUGCUGGAUGGAAGUAUGACUGGUUCAUGCACAGCUUCUCUGAAGCCCAGAUUGAGAACAACGCUGUCAAAAACACCAUCAACAUCCACAGUGGAGGCAUCUACUGGUGCAGAGGAAGAAGAGGAAGCCCAGCUUUCUUCACUGAGCCCAGUGAAAAGUUCGUCAUUGAGAAAAGCCUGUCCAACCAGGCAACUGUUGCUUUGCAACAUAGCUGGAGCCAGAUAUACAGUGGUGAGGCAAUAUCCAUGAGGUGUGAGAUUAAGGGAGGAGGAAGCUCUAUGCGGGAAUACGAGUGGAGAACAACAACCUCAAAGCCACCAUCAAGAGAGAGUACGGUUCAUAUUAGAGCCUCUGCUUCCGCCACUAGUAACUUCUGGUGUAGGGGGAGAGCAGAUCCAUUUUCCUCAACUGAGUGGAGCCAAGAAUACCAUCUGAGAGUAUCAGAUAAACCAAGGCCCGUGGUGAGGGCCGAUAAAAGACUCAUACCAGUAGGGGGCAACGUAACACUCACCUGCUCUGUGGACUAUCCGACUGAGUGGAAAUACUACUGGUUCAGACACACUGGCAACUUUUCUGACGUUAAGACCAUUGAAGAAGGAAAAUCAGAAAAUGCCAUCAGUGUCUCUCAGGGAGGAGUGUACUACUGUCAGGGAGGAAGAGGAAACCCAGUCUUCUUCACUGAAGAAAGUCAUCGGAUCACCAUUGAGAAAAGAGUUUCCAAUAUGGCUGCUGUUUCUCUGGAGCCUGACUUGCCCGCGAUCUACUCUGGAGAGACGAUCACCGUUAGAUGUGAGAUUUCUGGAAGUCAAAGCAAUGAAUGGGUUUAUGAAUGGAGCAAGCCAAUAUCGGAUACAUUACCAAUGAAUGAGUACCGAAUUGUUACUGCAUCCGAGUCCAGCAGUGGGAACUACAGGUGUUUGGGGCGACGCAAGCAGGAUCUGUAUUCAUCGACAGAGUGGAGCAACGUCAGGACAGUCACAGUUUCUGAGCAAAGACCGAAGGCUGAAAUUAUUGCUGACAGAAACUUUUCAACAGGGGGCACUGUGACGCUGACCUGUUCUGUUCCACCGUCAUCGUCACCAUCUAGUUGGACUUACCACUGGUACAGAGAUGAGAUCGCCUCUAAACCUCUGGAGCUGAAAUCUGCUGCAAAUGGAGAACUCGUUGCGUCACAGAAUGGAUUGUAUUUCUGCAGAGGAGGAAGAGGAAGCCCAGUUUACUACACAGAGUCCAGUCAUUCAGUUACUGUUGACAUACCUGCUACAGACAGAACGAGACCUGUUGUGACUCAGCAGUCAAACUGGCCUACGGUGUACUACGGUGAGAAGGUCACUCUGAGAUGUGAGAUCCAGGGACAACCUCAAGAUUGGGUUUUUGAAUGGAUAUCAUCCUGUGGGGCUGUACCAUCGACCCAAAAUGAAACGCUUUGUUUAAGUUAUUCAUGUAAUGGGCACUACUGGUGUAGAGGCAGGAGGAAGAGUGAUCCACAGGAUGUCACUUGGUGGAGUGCUCCCUUACAAAGCACAUACGUUUCAUUUGCACCAAAGUCAGUCCUGACUGUGUCUCCAUCAUGGCUGAGUCCUGGAGCCUCAGUGACUCUGAGCUGUGAGGUUAAAGAUUCAUCUGCAGGAUGGAGGUUCUACUGGUAUAAAGCUGUUCCUGAUUUAUUACAUGUAUUCAUGAUCUUAGCACGCAGACGUAGGAGCCUUUACUUUUCUAGUGGAUACAACUUUGAACACCUUCCUGGCACCAUCAAAGGGACUGUAGAGAACUCUUACAUCAUUCAUGGACAGAAACACACAGCAGGAUAUUUUUGUAGAGCUGGAAGAGGAAACCCAGAGUAUUUCACUGAAUACAGUGAAAUACAGUUUGUCUGGUCUGCAGAUCCUCAUCCAGCAGCUUCUCUCUCAGUGAGUCCUGACAGAGAGCAACACUUCACCUCUGAGUCUGUGACUCUGAACUGUGGAGGAAACUCUACUAAGUGGAGAGUGAUGACUCCUAGAAGAAUUAAUCUCUUGUAUUCAGACAUCUAUUUCGAGGAAGUAAAUGGAUUCACAACCAGAAUGAGAGCUCACUCGCCCUCUACUGCAGUGUACUGGUGUGAGUCUGAAUCAGGGGAGUUCAGCAAUGCAGUUAACGUCACAACACAUGGUGGUGAUUUAAUCCUGGUGAGUCCUGUACAUCCUGUUAAUGAGGGAGAUUCUGUCACUCUUGGAUGCAAACUGAGGAGCGAGAACUUCACAUCCACUGUGGGAUUCUUCAAAAAUGAUAAACUUAUCCAAAACGCAGUCAGAGGAGAGCUGAGUAUCCCCGCCGUGUCGGCUUCAGACGAAGGUUUCUACAGGUGUGGACAUUCAGGAGAGGUGUCUCCACAGAGCUGGGUGGCAGUUAAAUCAUUAAGUCCUUCUCUUCCUGUGUCACUCAUUGUUGGACUAGUUGUUGGUUCCCUGCUGACUGUCCUCCUCGUCACACUGCUGUUGGUGACUUUACGCAACAGGCUUUCUCAGUGUCACAGAACUAAUCAGACCUCAGGCACAGCUCCUACUAAUAAACAGGAUGAAACCCCAAACCAAAUAUACUCGUCUCUCCUCCAAGGUGAUUCUGCCAUUUAUGAGUCAGUCAGAAGUCCUGGAAAUCCAGUCAACGAUCCAUAAAGUCUGUCACCUCAAGGAA